ACCACCAGCUGCCUGGUGAGCCCCUGCCAUGGGGAGAAUCCGGCCGCCAUGCCCCAGGCAGAGCUGCUGGGGGGCGAGGGGGUGAGCAGCCAGACCUUCCUGACCCUUGGUGGACACGAGAGAGCCCGUCCUGCCCACAUCAGCCCUCAGGCCAGCAAGGAGGUGUCAGACAGGAGCCACCUUUGGAGCAAGACGUCUCUGCAAGAAACCUCAAAGUCCCCUGCGUCAGCGUCAAUACAGAGAAUAAAGCAGAAAACAGGGUGGAAGAGGAAAUUUCAGCCAUGCUUCCUGAAAUGUCUUCAGUAGAGUGUCAAGUGUCAGGGACUAGCAGCCGGCAGACGUGGGGACAGGAGCACCAUCAGGGCAGCCAACACCUCGUGGGACCAGAACCAGCAGCGGGACUCCUGCCACAGCUGGCAGCGGGUCUCCAGCGGGGGCAGCUGGCAGUCCCUGGGGAUGGAGCCCUGCCCGGGGGACCAGCCCUGGCAGAGCGGGUGGCAGCCCCAGCGCUGGGACUCCCAGCUCAGUGUGGACUCCAUGGAGAGAGCGGAGCGAGCCCAGGGCACCGCCUACAGCCCUGAGGAGGGGGCCAUCUGGAUCAGCAGAAGGACCACCAGAACUGUGACCAACAGGAGCCAGCAGACGAGCCGAGUGUGGAGCCAGAAGGCGGAAAACCCGAGGUCCCCCGCUCAGAAAUCUGCCACCAGCAUCGGUGCAGAGACCAGGUCGGUGAAAGGGGUGGGAAAGGAAAUCUCAGAUAUCUGCCUCGAAACAAGGAGCCAGCCAGCAAGGCAGGAGUCGCGGCGUGGCAGCCAGCUGGCACCAGGGCAGGGAUCGUGGUGCGGCAGCGAGAAGGUGCUGGGGUGGGAUUCCCUGCCUGGUGGCCAGCAGUCCCCAGCGCCGGCGUCGUGGCAUGGCAGCCAGAAGGUAUCAGGGCAGGACUUGUGUUGGAGCAGCCAGCACUCGUUGGGGAGGGACUCGUGGUGGGGCAGCCAGCAGACAUUUGGGCAGGAGUCACGGCACAGCGGCCAGAAGGUACCACCAGAGCAGCAGUCUCAGCCCCAGCAGCCUGGAGAAAAGAAACUGGAGCUAUCUGAGAAACCCUCUCAUGGUGGCCUGCUGCUGGUGCUCCAGCUGCAGUGCAAGAACCUCCAGGGGAUAGAGGUUUUGGUGGAGGAGCAAGCGGCUAAACCUUGGAGGAAGAGAAGUCAGGAAAGAGUCGAAGGUGGCACCUUGCAGCUGUCCCAGGGCUCCAUGGCUAAGCAAGGGGAAGCGUGGCAGACCUUCAACCUCUUCUCUCAAGAAGGAGGGACCUGGACGGGCAGAACAGGGAGAAUUCUGAUCAGCUGUGAUGAGGAAACUGGUAAGACUGUGAUCCAGAGCAUCCACAAAACAUCUCAGCACCCUCCAGGACAGCCAUCCCAAAGCGAAGGGGUGACCAGCAUCCCCAAGGAGAGCGGUGGAGCAGACACAGAAAAGCUGAAGGUGGUGGGACAAGGGUCCUGGCACAGUGGUGGGACAGACAGAGGUGGGGAAGCUGCCUCAGAGCUCCCAGCUGCCUCCCAAAGACCUGGGGGUCUACUGAGCAUGGCCGUAGCCGUGGAAAUGGUUCACGAGGCUCAGCAGACCCACAGUGUUAUUACUCUGGAUGAAGGACUCUGGGUCAGGAGGCGAACGGGCAAAUUGCUGCGGGACAAAAGCCAGCAGACCAGCAUCUCUGCCCUGCGGAAGAGCAACAGCGGGGUGCAGGAGCAGAGGGGACGGGGGGGCAGCAGCUUGGGGCAGCAGGAGGGGGGUGAACCCCAGAAGCGCCCAUCAGAGCUGGAGGUGCCAGAACCUCGUCGGAGAACCUCCUCACGCAGCAGCCAACUGUCUGGCCACAACUGAUGGGGAACAGCCAAAGGAACCCCAGUGUGACCCCCAGCUGUGAAGGGUGGCUGGGCUCUGGGUUGCAGAGGCUUGAAGAGGAACCGGGCAACGAAAAUCUGUGGGGCCAUGAGGUACUGAAACCAUCAUCUGGGACGGGACAGGAAAAGUGAAGAAAAGCAAAGACAAAAAUCACAGCAAAGGAAAAAUUGAGCUGCAAGGUGUCAAAAGGAAUAA